CCCUCCGCAGGUCGCUGCUCGCACUCGUUCCCAGGCUUUGGCCUCUCAUUGGGGGGAAUCUCGGCGCCUGCGGGUGUGGGCGCCGGCCUGCUGGGGCGGUAGCCAGGCUAGCGCGGGGCUGUGCGGGCAAGGGUUCGCGCAGGCCAGGCGAAGCUCGAGCGGGGUUCCCCGGGCGCGACCCCGGAGCCCGCGGCUCUUUGGCCAGAGAGGCCGAGCCGGCCAUUGGUGGCCGCGGCAGAGAAGGCGCUCGGCGCGUGGUAGGGGCCUCCCUUGGCCUGGGCCGUGCGCGGAGACUCCGCAGACUCUCCGGGAGCGGCGCGUCUGCAUCGCCAGCGGCCCUGGUCUGAGUUUAUCCACGGCCCGGCCGAGGCCCCGGGGACGGUGAGUUCCACGGGAGGCCGAUCUGGGCCCGAGAGGAACGUUCCGGCCGAAGUGCACUUGUCCCGUAGGCCCCGACCCAGCUCCUAAGGAACAGAACGACCUCGGUGAGGUGGAAGGGAAGAGACUCAGGAGCAGAGGCCGCGCCUAAGAGAUCAGCCCCGGACCCGGACCGCCUACCCGAGCCGUGGGGCAGAGGCCGAGCAGCCCCCGAAGGGGUCUGCCUUCACUCUUACUGUCCUCCACACUUUCCCAAGAGCAGCAGAAAAUGGAUAAGGCCCUGGGGUCAGUGUCGUUUGAGGAUGUGGCUGUGGAUUUCACCCAGGAGGAGUGGCAGCAACUGGACACUGUUCAGAAGACAAUAUACAAGGACGUGAUGCUGGAGAACUACAGCCAUCUAAUUUCACUGGGGCAUCCCAUUAUCAAACCGGAUGUUAUCACCAAGUUGGAGCAAGGAGAAGAGCCAUGGAUAGUAGAAGGAGAAUUCCUACUUCAGAGUUACCCAGAAGAAGCCUAUAAAGUUGAUGACUUGCUAGAGAGAGUCCAGGAAAAUGAAGAGGAACUUUCAGGGCAAACGGUAUUCAUCAACAACAAGACCCAGGUGGAAGAGAGAGGUAAUAUUCUUGAUAAAACUUUCAAUGUGGAAACAAGCCCUGAUCCUUCAAGAAAAAUCUCCUAUAAAUGUGAUUCAUGUGAGAAGAAUUUAAAGUCUAUUUCAGGGUAUAUUACUAGUGAUGGAAGCUAUGCAAGAAUGAACCCUGAUGAAUGUAGUGGAUGUGGGAAGUCACUUCUGCAUAUUAAGCUUGAGAAAACUCAUCCUGGAGAUCAAUCGUAUGAAUUUAAUCAAACUGGGGAAGCUGAUACUCUAAAUGAUGAAAGUAUUUAUCAGAAAAUUCAUAUUUUGGAGAAACCCUUUGAUUAUAUUGAAUGCCAGAAAGCCUUCCAAACAGAGACAGUUUUUGUUAAUCAUAUGGAGGAGAAACCCUGUAAGUGGAAUGAAUCUGAAAUAGCCUUCCUGCAAAUGUCGAACCUUGGUGUACAUCAGAGCUCUCAUAUGGAAAUGAAGCCCUAUGAAUGCAGUGAAUGUGGGAAAUCCUUCUGUAAAAAGUCAAAAUUUAUUAUACAUCAAAGGACUCACACAGGAGAGAAACCUUUUGUAUGUAAUCAGUGUGGGAAAUCCUUUUGCCAGAAGGGAACUCUCACUGUACAUCUGAGAACACAUACAGGGGAGAAGCCUUAUGAAUGUAGUGUAUGUGGGAAAACAUUCUACCAGAAGUUACACCUCAUUCAACAUGAGAGAACUCAUUCAGGAGAGAAGCCCUAUGAAUGUAGCUAUUGUGGAAAAUCCUUUUGCCAAAAGACCCAUCUCACACAACACCAGAGAACACAUUCAGGAGAGAGACCUUAUGUUUGUCAUUACUGUGCAAAAACUUUCUCCCAGAAGUCAGCACUUAAUGACCAUCAUAAAAUUCACACAGGUGUGAAACUCUAUAAGUGUAAUGAAUGUGGGAAAUGCUUCUGCCGCAAGUCUACUCUUACAACACAUCAGAGAACACACACAGGAGAGAAACCCUAUGAAUGUAAUGAAUGUGGAAAAUUUUUCUCUCGGUUAUCGUAUCUCACUGUACAUUAUAGAACUCAUUCAGGAGAGAAACCCUAUGAAUGUAACGAAUGUGGGAAAACCUUCUAUCUGAACUCAGCGCUCAUGAGACAUCAGAGAGUACAUACAGGAGAGAAACCCUAUGAAUGUAAUGAAUGUGGAAAAUUAUUCUCCCAGUUGUCAUACCUCAAUGUACAUCAUAGAACUCAUUCAGGAGUGAAACCCUAUGAAUGUAAUGAAUGUGGAAAAUCUUUCUACCAGAAUUCAGCCCUUUGUAGACAUCAGAGAAUACAUAAAGGAGAGAAACCCUAUGAAUGUUAUAUAUGUGGGAAAUUUUUCUCUCAGAUGUCAUACCUCACUAUACAUCAUAGAAUUCAUUCAGGAGAGAAACCUUAUGAAUGUAGUGAAUGUGGGAAAACCUUCUGCCAGAAUUCAGCCCUUAAUAGACAUCAGAGAACACACACUGGAGAGAAAUCAUAUGAAUGUUAUGAAUGUGGAAAAUUUUUUUCGCAGAUGUCAUAUCUAACUAUACAUCAUCGAAUUCAUUCAGGAGAGAAACCCUUUGAAUGUAACGAAUGUGGAAAAGCCUUUUCUCGGAUGUCAUACCUCACUGUACAUUAUAGAACUCAUUCAGGAGAGAAACCCUAUGAAUGUAAUGAGUGUGGGAAAAAAUUCUAUCACAAGUCAGCCUUUAAUAGCCAUCAAAGAAUUCAUAGGAAAGGGAACAUAAAUGUAAUUGAUGUGGAAAGGCUUCUUUGAAAUCAGAUCUCAUUUUAUAUUAUAGAACCUUUUCAAUAUAAUGAAUAAGAAAAUCUUACCCGGAGUCAAAUACUAUUAUAUAUCAGAGAAUUCACACAGGAAGUGGAAAAGCCGUUGUGCAUUAGUCAGACUUGUAAUCUAAAAAUUCACACAGUGGAAACCUUCCACAAGAUCACACAACUCACUGGAUACCAGACUGUACAGGAGUAAAAACUUAUAUUUAGAAUGUGUGUAAGUUUUCGCUAUGGAUUCAAAAUAUUCAGUACAUCAGGGAAUUCAUACCAAGGAAAAUAUCAAUUUAAGGAAUGUGGAAAACAUACUGCACAUUUGAGAAUUACUAAUACUACUUUUGGGAAUUGUUAAUACUAAAAGAUAGGUUUCAGAUACAAUAUCAAACUUCUGGUAAAAAAAAAAAUCUGUAAAUAGACAUUCUGUAAAUAGAAGCUGUAAAAUCAUUAGGAUAGUUCAUGAAAACAGCAACAUUAAACAUCUAGGAGCAGUUCCUGUGGUAUAUAGGGCUUUUAUUUAUUUAGUUUUUUAGGAUGCUACAUUACAGGAAUUGUAUGUUUGAAAAGGCAGAGUAUCCUCAUUAGAUGAUAUGGUAAGAUUAUCCAUUCUAAAUAGCACCACCAUGUUAAUACCUUAAUAUAGAUAGUCAUUGAAAUAAUAUCUGACAGGCAUAAAGUAUACUUUUAGGUGUGUUUUGUUAUUAAUGAACUGAAUCUUCUGUAAAGAAGCUAGUGGUUUUAUAACAUUUUCAACUGUAUUUGAGUCAGCAAAGGAUAUAGAAAUUUAUGCAUAAAAUAGAAAACUCUGUAUAAUUUUAUAUUGUUAAUGCCAGAAGUUUCCAUGGGUAAAACACAGCUGUAGUACGCAUUGCCCUCUGUCCAGUUUAAAAACGAAUGUAAAAUGUCCCCAUUUUUGUAUAUUGUUUAUAUGUGUUUUAUUUGAAUGUCUACAUAAGUGUGUAGAGCACGAAUAGUAUGUAAUUUAGGAAUUACUUGUAUUUUUAUUUGAUAUGAUAGCUUUUGAACAUUGUGUAUGUUCCUUCUUAUUAGUGAAUUAAUUCAUAACACAUUAAUAUGGGCUUGUGGCAGACAUUGUUGAGUGACUACCCUAGUCAUUCCCUUCUUUUUGUUUACUGGCAAAAUUUGGAUGUCUGCUCCUCUCAAGAGUUGGGAUAAAUCCUGACUCAGUAAUGAAAAUCCCAUUUUCAUUGCCAGUGAUCGGUUUAGUGUAGUCAUAGGACCCAAUUCUAGACAAAUAAGGGAAUAUCUGUUACAUUAUUUCUGGAAAAGUUUUCCUCAAAGGUUUAAGGAAUCCUGCAGGGUUAAGUGGAAUCUUAGUUUUCAGUGAACAUUACCUUGUCUGCAUAUGAUGCCUGGUUAUGUCUCUCAGCAAUGACAGGGCAGAAAGACUGGGAGAACCUGGGAUCUGGAUGAUGUUAUUGAGCCACCGACCUGGCCAACUUUGUAGCCACUCCACCUCUGGACUAUUUCUUUUGUGAGAGACGAAACCUUUUUAAGCCAGUUGAUUUAGUGUGCUCUGUUAUUAAUAGCUAAAGACAUUCUAUCUGAAGUUAUGCGAUUCAGAAGUGGACUUUGGGGAAAUCAUUUAUUUUGCACUGUUGAUAAAAAGAUUUUCUUUUUGUAAAUUUCGGUGUAAAUAGAUUGAGCAUUAGAAGUUAACUUGAAAUGAUUGUGUAUGUUUCAAUGAACUGUUACAUUAUUAAUCUAAGAAAUUAACUUUUGGAAUCUGACAUAGUGUCAGGUAUAACUUUUUUUAUAAUACAUGAAGUCUUGUUUGAGUUAAUUUAAUUUGUGUUGUUCAUUGGUCAUUGCUGCAGUGUUGACAAUACAUUGUUGAAGUAAGGAUCUAAUUUUGUUUGCUUUCAAAUGCCUAGACUGAUAGCCUGUACUAGUCAAAUAAUUUAUCCCUUUA